CAUGUUCUUUCUUGACACCCCCACCCCCCUCCCCGCCGGGGACUCCCUCGCUCUCUCUCUCUCAUACACACACACUUUUUAAUUAUAAAUUAUAAGUAGAUCUUGUGUGUCAGAAGUCUGAAUUGAACUGAAGUUUCUUUUCUUUUGUCCUUCUGAACAGGGAGGCCCCUUUGUGUCAGAAGAAAAUCUUUCCUUGUUGCCCGCUCCAUUCAUUUGCCAAAAAGAUUUUGCCUUUAACAGCCAGGCACCAACCCUACACUCAAAACCCUAAAUUUUUCUUCUGUUUUCUGGAUUUCUUGUUUCAAAUUCCACUACUCUUUGCCCUCCAUGACUACUCAGACCACUCCUUCAAACCCUAAUUCAAUCAAAACUAGGUUCACUUACAGGUUCGUUCAAGCCCUGAGGAAACUGAACAAGACUAGAAGUGUUUCAGUUUCACCAUCCAUGAAGGAGACAUACAGGAGAUAUCAUAUGAUUAGAGUUGCAUCCUAUGCAUCCAUGGCUUCUGCAGUCGGGUCGAGAAGAGCCUGGAGCCGGACCGUACUAUGGAAGAUAAGAAACCGUACUUUGCAUCGCACUUUGAAGAAAAAAGGCAAAAUCCAUGCUUUGAGGAGGAGAAAAGUAAGAGAAAACCCUAGAAAUAGCUUAAAUUUUCAUCGGGAAAAUGAUCUGAAGAAGCUUGUACCAGGUGGUGAAGGUAUGGAUUUUUGCAGAUUAUUGAAUGAAACUGCUCACUACAUAAAAUGCCUUAGAACCCAAGUACAGAUCAUGAAUAAUAUUGUUGAUCAUUGUUCAAAUUGAGCCAUACAAUUAUAUAUACAUACACACACACAUAUGUGUGUGUAUUUGUAUUUGUAUUUGUAUGUAUGUAUGUAUAUCUGGGUUGAAUUCGAUAUGAUGAAGAAGAUAAGAGAUAAAAAUUUACCCUUUCAUCCUCCAAAUAAUAGGGUAUUAUAUUUGUGAUACCAAAUACAUGAUCUAUGCUUAGAUAUGUUCAAGAGUAUGUUUUUUUUACUUCAAUUUAUUACCAUAUUUACAAGUUUGUAAAAUGAGACUUAUGUUUACUGUCUGUAAAUUUAUGUAUAUAUAUGAAGAUUGGAAUAUUCA